AGCCGGCAAGCGGGUGGCUGUCGUUGCCGGUCGUUCUCGUCUUCCCGCGUCACCGCUGCCGCCAUGCCCGGAGGUCUCCUUCUCGGGGACGAGGCUCCCAACUUCGAGGCCAAUACUACCAUCGGCCGCAUCCGUUUCCAUGAUUUUCUGGGAGACUCAUGGGGCAUUCUCUUCUCCCACCCUCGGGAUUUUACCCCCGUGUGUACCACGGAGCUUGGCAGAGCUGCAAAGCUGGCACCAGAAUUUGCCAAGAAGAACGUUAAGAUGAUCGCCCUUUCAGUAGACAGUGUUGAAGACCAUCUUGCCUGGAGCAAGGAUAUCAAUGCUUACAAUGGUCAGGAGCCCACAGAAACAUUACCUUUCCCCAUCAUUGAUGAUAAGAAUCGGGACCUUGCCAUCCUGUUAGGCAUGCUGGACCCAGCGGAGAAGGACGAAAAGGGCAUGCCUGUGACAGCACGUGUGGUGUUUAUUUUUGGUCCUGACAAGAAACUGAAGCUGUCCAUCCUCUACCCAGCAACAACCGGCAGGAACUUUGAUGAGAUUCUCAGAGUAAUUACCUCUCUCCAGCUAACAGCAGAAAAGAGGGUUGCCACCCCGGUUGAUUGGAAGGACGGAGACAGUGUGAUGGUUCUUCCAACCAUCCCUGAAGAUGAAGCCAAAAAAAUCUUCCCUAAAGGAGUCUUCACCAAAGAGCUCCCCUCGGGCAAGAAGUACCUCCGCUACACGCCCCAGCCGUAGUCUCCAGCCGAUGGCUUAGCUUAAUGAGCCAGACGAUGCCGGCUGCCAAUCGUGUUCUCCUACAACUCUUCGUAAAAACAUCCUGGUGUGAUCACAGUCAAGGUCUUUAGGUUGCUCUACUACUGGCUUAUUAAAUGAAAAUGGCACUAAAAAUUUCUCGGGAUCCUUUACUCUGUGCCUUCACCAGCA